AUGAGGCCCCUUAAUCACAUGCUCACCAAUGCCUUCGUCAUCCUUGGUCUGGUCGUAUCUCAAGUUGGCACUGCAGCCUACAUGGUGUACUUGAGCCCCUUUCUUUCCAUUGGCAUGAAUCCUUUGUUCUUUGUCAUUUUGGUGAACUUUAUCAUGUUCGGAAUUAUGCUUCCAUUCGCCGUCAUAUUUGAAAGGGCAACAUUAUAUCAAGUUAUGAUGAUAUCGGGAAUGAAGAUCACAUCUCCUGCCAUUGCUUCUGCCAUGCCUAAUCUUGGCCCGGGGAUCAUCUUCAUAGUAGCAGUGUCUUUAAGGUUCGAGAGGUUCGAUAUCAAGUGCUGGUACACCAGAUUGAAGAUCCUAGGAAACAUAGUGUGCAUUGGUGGAGCAGUGGCCUUCAGCAUCUACCAAAAUCCUUCAUCUCCACCUGCCAACUCUGUCGAUAGCGGCAUCUUUGGUGGUUGGUUCUUCGGUUGCAUAUGCCUGUUUGGGGCUGUCCUGAUGAUCUCCUUCUCGACAAUUAUGCAGGCUGCAACAUUGAUUGACUUUCCCGCUCCCUUAAGCUUGUGUGCCUUUUCAUCCUUGUUGGGGGCAAUUUUUACAGCGAUAGCACAGUUAGUGAUUGACGGGAAGAUCGACGUUGGCACUUCAACCAUCGACUUAUGGGAUGCCAUCCGUGUUGCUCUAAUGAGUGGUGCAGUGAACUCUGCCUGCCUUGGAUUCUCUACAUGGUCUGUGAAGGAAAAGGGGCCGGUUUUCGUCUGCAUGUUUAGCCCAGUUCAAACCGUCGCUUCUGCCAUUCUAACGGCAGUAGUUUUAGGCCAGUCGAUCGGACUAAAAAGCAUUGUUGCUAUGGCCUUCAUGUUCUGUGGACUCUAUGAGGUGCUCUGGGCGAAGACAAAAGAAGAAGCUGCUUUCCCACAAACUACUGAAGACAUUCAAGAACCUUUGCUACCAUGA